AUGGCCUCCAACGCAGACAACCUGGACAUCGCCGCCGUCUUCAGCGAAAUCGUCGAGACCGCCAGCCACUACUUACUCGAAACCAUCGGCGACGUGCAAGACUGGCUCGCGACGCCCAAGAUCAAACGAUGGCUACGCAUCAUCGUCAUUGUGGCCGCAUACCUCAUGUUGCGGCCGUACAUCGAGCUGUUUUUCAAAAAGGUGUUUGAGAAGCAAAUGGACAAGGAAGACGCCGAGCGCAAGAAGAAGCGAGAAGAGGAAGAAGGGUUUCUGGCUCCCGGCACGGAGCGCGCGAAGAAGAAUGCGAAUAGUUUGAGGCUCGGUGGAGGAGAGGCAGAGGAUGACAAAGAGAACGAGGGCAGUGAUGAGGAAGACGAGGCUGAAAAGAUCAAAGCAAGUGGUGUUAUGGACUGGGGUCGAGGAGCGCGCAAGAGGCAGAAGGCUGCCGCCAAACAGGAAGCGUUACGCAAGGCUGAGCAGAUGGAUGAAGAGGAAUUGCUGCAGCUGCUGGAUUGGAGUGAGUCUGAAGGCGAAGGAGAGAAAAAGAAGGCCGCUGCUUAG